AUGGAUUUGCCUUUGACAAGUUCAGGUGUCGGAGUAAAAGGCUCUAUUUCGGUUGAUCGUGAUUUGGUAGACAAUUCCCAUGUUAAAUUUUACUGUAAUGAGAUACUUAACCGCACUCAAGGAUCUGGGGCCAUAUCUGUCUUAGAAUUCAAUAAAGAAGGCACGCAUCUUGCCUAUGGUAACUCUGAUGGAAUCUUAAGCAUCCUCGAACUGGGUCAAAGUAGAUCGGAUGUUGGCUUUUCCACUCACGCAUGUUCAAAGCCUUAUCAGUCUUUCUUGAGUCAUGAACCCGAAUUCGACUGUCUUAAAUCUCAAGCGAUUGAAGAAAAACUCACUUUUAUUCGUUGGCUUAACUGUUGCGGGCCCUCCCACUUUUUUCUAUCUGCAAACGAGCGAACCAUAAAACUCUGGAGGGUAGCAGAGGUUCCUCUUCGUGAAAUGGAUAAUCUGAACUUCCCCACGGAGUCUGGUUCUCGCAAAAAAGUCGCCAUCCGCUCCAACUCAGACAUCAAGGUUCCCCGAUGGAAGUCGCUGCCAACGGAGAACAAAGUAGUCAGGGUUUACAACAAGAAGGUUUAUGCCCGUGGUCAUGGCUUUUCUCUUACGGGGCUUGCCCUUUUUCUCGAUCAACAAACGUUUCUAUCAUCGGAUCCGCUGCGAAUCAAUCUCUGGCACUAUGACGUUGACUACGAAGCGUUCACCAUCGUUGACCUGAUGCCUGAUCGUAUCGAGGAUAUAACUCAUCUGAUCACGGGCUUGGCAACUUCACCCUCUUCGCCGUCAUUAUUUGCCUAUAGCACCAAUCGUGGCUCCCUUCGGAUUUGCGACACUCGUAGUACCGCACUUUGUGAUAAACCCGCACUGGCAAUCGACAACCUUCCAGCCUCCGAGCAAAACGUCAUCGUUAUCCUGCUCAGUUCCAUUGCCGACUUGAAGUUCCUCAAUAACUCAGAUAGAUUCAUUGUUUCUCGGGACUUUAUGUCCGUCAAAGUUUGGGAUCUGGCAAAUACAACGGCUCCUGUUGAAGUCUAUCCAGUACAGUCACAUCUGCGGCCGUAUUUAAACAGCAUCUACGAGACGGAACUGCUCUUCGAUGAUUUUAAGCUCUCUCUUUCCUCAGACGAUAGGUUUAUAGUAACUGGAUCCUACCAGUCGGACAUACGCAUAGUCGACAGAUCAUUGGGUGCUCCCGGUAUUUACAACAUUAAGAUGGAACCGGAUGAUUCUCAUCUCUACUCGGGUUUCUAUGGUCAUUCACCGGAUGUUACGACACCGGACUCGGCCACAGCUCCCUGGCCUCGUCCUUUGAGAAUGGAGAUGUCCAAUGGGCUGUCUGAAUCUGGGACCAUUGGUUCGGUAGAAAUAGCCAGAGAACUGCCCAUCACCUCGGUUUUCACGCCAGCCUCUGUAAAGAAGUGGAUCAGUGUGUCGUGGUGCCCAACCUCUCUCGUCGUCGCUGCCUGUCACGCUGAUGCUAUCCACAUAAUUGAAGGCAUAGCCGAGGAUACUGCCGGUGGCCAUGGUGACAACGGUGGGGGCGGUAGUGGUGACGGGAUUGUUUGA